AUGGUUUUAUUAGGAGAUAUUAUACAACUGCAACAGAACUUCUCCAAUCUAACAACUUCAAUACCAAGUCUAGACAAUCUAAUAUUUCAAACCCAAGUGAAAAACAAGAUUUAUGAUGUCCAAUCAGCACCUAGUUGUAAUGGGAUGUAUAUGGUAUUGUGUGCAUUAGUAGCUUCACACUUACGGGAAAAUAAAUCCAUAGUAUUGAUCGAUACAAUGAAUAAGUUUCCUUUACAAUUUCUUAAACUGCAACCCCAUUUUGAACAGUCUUGGUUAGAUAAUAUCACUUAUUACAGAUGUGAUACAUUUGCUAAAUUAUACUCGACAUUGAUUGAUACAACAAUACCGUCUGACACUAUACUUAUAAUAAAUGAAUUUCAUCAAUUAUUGCAGGUUUAUAGAUUGGAAUUAUCUUCGAUAUAUGAAGAUGUUAUACUAAAACAUCACAUUGAAAUUAAUGACACAUUUAUCAACAAUAAAAAAACUCAGGAAAAAGAUCCCUUACCGGAACUACCUAACAAUUCCGAUCUUUUGAAAUCAAGUCCAAUUUUAAAAUAUGAAUCACACGUCAAUUCAUUAAUUACUAAUUUAAAAAAUAAAUGUAUAAAUUUGAAUUCGAUGGUAUUUUUAUUGGGAUAUUUAGAUACAAAAUAUCGACCCUACAAAGCAACGAAAAACCAGGAUUUAUUAGAAUCAUUAAACUCGAUAUCACCAACCCCGUCUUCAUCAUCGUUUUCCUCAUUUAGUGAAAAGGGGAGAGUUGUGCUAUCUCCAUUUAAAACUCAUAAAAGUCUUGAUGUCAAACUAAUCAUUUAUCAUGACUGGUAUCACAAUUCACCACAUUUUAGAAAUCAAUAUUGUAAAACUACAAAUUCAGAAAAGAAUACUGUGAUCAACCAAGACCAAUUGAAAUUAGUAUAUGCUGCCCAGAUUGUGAUAUUUAAGAUGAAUUCAUUAUCUACUACUACUUCUUCAAAUCCGAUUUUUUUCGAUAUUGAUAGCGAGUUCUAUAACACAUAUGAUGAGCUUUUUGACAAGCACAGCAAUAAUCAACAAAGUCACUUUACCAUGAUAGAUUUGAAUCAACAAUUCACAGUCCCUGAUAUUUCUUCCUCCCCCAAUGUUGAAGAUCUUACAAUGUUACAUGCAACCAAUGCUGAAUCUAGUUUUAUAAUCGAUAAAAGUCGAACACCUACAAUUAUAGACACUCAUGAUAUAAUUGAAGAUUCAGAAGACGAAUUGCCUAUAAUUAGUACAAGUAGUAUGAUAACUUAG